CUGUUUCCACUUAGAAAACACAUUGUGAUAGAAACUCAAAGGCUUUAACAUGGAGAGUAUAGCAAAGCUUCCUGAUUAUUUCAAAUAUGAUAUGUCACACAAGAGAAGAGGUUUUGCCCUCAUUAUAAACAAUGAACAUUUUAUGAAUCUGCCUGAACGAGAGGGAUCUUCUAUUGAUACACAAGAAAUGAGAAUAGCAUUAGAACAUCUUGGCUUUGAAGUUAUUGUAUACCAUAACCAGACAGUAAAAGAGAUGAAGGACUUGUUAAAUGACAUGGCUUCAAAAGACCAUACAGACAAUGAUUGUUUCUUACUAGUUAUCUUGUCGCAUGGUAAUAAGGAGGAUAUUCUCUAUGGUACAGAUGACAAUGCUGUCACAUUGGAAGAAAUUAUAAAACCCAUAUUACCAGGGAAGUGCAAAAGUUUAAUAGGCAAACCAAAGCUGAUAUUUGUGUCAGCAUGUCGGGGAGAAAACCUGGAUAAAGGAAUUGAUGUAUGCGAUGCAAAGGAUGUAACUAACGAAUGUGAAACUCAUUGGCACAAACUUCCAUUAUGGGCUGAUGUGCUUAUUGGCUUUGGAACUAUGUCUGGCUUUUAUUCUUGGCGUACACCUUCUCAAGGAACCUGGUUUAUUCAAGCCUUAACUGCUGUUUUCAUGAACUAUGGACACUGGAUGGAAUUGCACACAAUGUUAACCCUAGUGAAUAAUAAAGUGGCUAAUAAUUUCGAGUCUUUGACUUCAGAUUCAACCUGGAAUGGAAUGAAACAAAUACCAUGUAUAUCUUCAAUGUUAACAAAACAAGUCUAUUUUCUACCAAAACAAACAUAGGGACUAUUGCUUGCCAAGUUACUUAUAUAUGCAAGGAAUACAGAAUGAUGUAUAUGUAUGGCAUAUAGAGGUAUAGAGAAAUUAACUGUUAAGGAUUUUUGUAAAUUAACAAUAAUUGCUAGUAUCUAAUCUAUGUCUGUCUGUUUGUAUCUCUGUAUUUGUGUGUGUGUGUCUCUCUCUCUCUCUCUCUCUCUCUCCCUCCCUCUCAAAAAGAUACAGGUACACAAAAAACAUACAAGUAAACUAUGCACAUGUAUAUAAAUGUUCACACAUGUUCAGUGUUAACAAAACA